AAUAUUCAGAAAGAAUCAACUUUCCACUUGGUGUUGCAUCUCCGUGGUGGUAUGCAGAUCUUCGUUAAGACCUUGACAGGAAAAACCAUCACCUUGGAGGUUGAGCCUUCUGAUACUAUCGAGAAUGUCAAAGCAAAAAUUCAGGAUAAGGAAGGAAUCCCACCAGAUCAGCAACGUCUUAUUUUCGCUGGCAAGCAAUUGGAAGAUGGACGCACUCUUUCCGAUUAUAACAUUCAAAAGGAGUCGACCCUUCAUCUCGUUCUUCGUCUCCGUGGAGGUAUGCAGAUAUUCGUUAAGACCCUAACAGGAAAAACUAUUACCUUAGAGGUCGAACCUUCCAACACCAUUGAGAAUGCUAAGGCAAAAAUCCAAGACAAGGAAGGAAUUCCUCCAGAUCAGCAACGUUUGAUUUUCGCUGGUAAACAAUUGGAAGAUGGACGCACUCUUUCCGAUUAUAACAUCCAAAAGGAAUCGACUCUCCACUUGGUAUUGCGUCUACGUGGUGGCAUGCAAAUUUUCGUGAAGACAUUGACUGGAAAAACUAUUACUUUGGAAGUGGAGCCAUCUGAUACUAUCGAAAACGUUAAGGCCAAGAUUCAGGAUAAGGAGGGAAUUCCUCCAGAUCAGCAACGUCUUAUCUUUGCCGGAAAACAACUGGAGGAUGGACGUACUUUGUCCGACUACAAUAUCCAGAAAGAGUCUACUCUCCACUUGGUACUUCGUCUACGUGGUGGUAUGCAAACCUUCGUUAAGAAUUUGACCGGAAAGACCAUUACUUUGGAAGUCGAACCUUCCGAUACUAUUGAAAACGUUAAGGCUAAAAUUCAAGACAAGGAAGGAAUUCCCCCAGAUCAGCAACGUCUCAUUUUCGCUGGCAAACAAUUGGAAGAUGGACGUACGCUUUCCGAUUACAAUAUCCAGAAGGAAUCAACUCUUCAUCUUGUACUACGUCUACGUGGUGGCAUGCAGAUCUUCAUUAAAACGCAUCAAUAUUCGAAAUAUGCAAAACAAGAAAAUCCCAUUUCCUGA